GAGUAUUUCUUAACCUCAAAAGAUAGUACAUAUUCUCGCACGCGUGUUGCUGCAUAAUAUUUAGACCGGGUAUAAGUACGCAUAUCAAUGGCGUAUUAGUUGUUACUAAAAUAUUCGGAAGAUAUUUUCAUUUAUUUCACCUCCGUUGAAGAACAGAAACAUCUGCAUUAUAUUCUCUCAUUAUGUCCGACUUUGAAAUGGGAUCUCCUGGUAUCAAAAAAGACAAAAAAAGAAAGAAAAUCAAACAAGAAGAAGGUAUUGAAGUUGAUAACCUAGGAGAAAUUCAAAAAACAGCGGAAUUUCAAAUUAAAGCUUCAAAUGCCAUAGCCAGACUAGACACGUCGAAGUGGCCACUGUUGUUAAAACAUUUUGAUCGCUUGAAUGUUCGAACCAAUCAUUACACUCCUUUGCCUUUUGGAUCCUCUCCUCUGAACCGUAAAAUCAAAGACUACGUAACAUCUGGAUUUAUCAAUCUUGAUAAACCAUCCAAUCCGAGUUCUCAUGAAGUUGUAGCUUGGAUAAAGAAAAUCUUGAAAGUCGAAAAAACUGGUCACUCCGGGACAUUGGAUCCAAAAGUGACUGGUUGUCUAAUAGUCUGCAUCGAUCGGGCAACCAGAUUAGUCAAAAGUCAACAAAGUGCUGGUAAGGAAUACGUGGCCGUUUUCAAGUUACAUUCAGCAGUUGCGAAUAUCGCCAAAGUUCAUCAAGGAUUGGAAAAACUUCGAGGCGCGCUAUUUCAACGACCUCCGUUAAUUUCUGCAGUAAAACGACAGCUUCGUGUUCGUACCGUCUACGAUUCCAAACUUCUGGAUUAUGACGAACAACGCAACAUGGGUGUAUUUUGGGUGAGCUGUGAAGCUGGUUCCUACAUUCGAACAAUGUGUGUUCACUUGGGUCUUGUGACCGGAGUUGGAGGUCAAAUGUUGGAACUCCGUCGUGUUCGUUCCGGAAUCCAAUCGGAAAAGGACGGCAUGGUCACUAUGCAUGACGUCCUGGAUGCUCAAUACCUCUAUGAAAAUCAUAAAGACGAAUCAAUGCUUCGAAGAGUUAUAAAACCGCUUGAGGGGUUACUAGUUGGGCAUAAACGUAUCAUUAUGAAAGAUAGCUCGGUGAAUGCUGUUUGCUAUGGGGCCAAAAUAAUGAUUCCUGGUGUAUUGCGUUACGAAGAUGGUAUCGAGAUGGAUCAGGAAAUAGUGAUUGUAACUACAAAGGGUGAAGCUAUUGCCCUGGGCAUUGCGCUGAUGACUACUGCAACGAUGGCCAGCUGCGAUCAUGGUGUAUGCGCUAAGAUCAAGCGAGUUAUCAUGGAACGUGACACCUACCCGCGCAAGUGGGGCCUUGGUCCAAAGGCUUCUAUGAAAAAACAACUAAUUGCUAGUGGAAAGUUGGACAAAUAUGGAAAACCUAACGAUAAAACACCCAGAGAAUGGUUGACCGGAUAUACGGAUUUUUCAAAACCAACCGCUCCGGUGCAGUCAAAUGGAGAAGAUGAUUCUGAACUGGCUGGGGGAAAGCGUAAGCUAAGUGUUGGUAGUGCUGCCGAUAACUCAAUGGAAACAACUGCUAUAGACACAGAAGCCGCAGAGAAAAAGAAGAAAAAGAAAAAAAAGCACAGGAAAGAUGAAGAAGGAAUUGAAGCGACUGCCUCGUCUGAAGCUCUGGAAACGGAAACUAUUACAGAAGAGGCUCUCGAUUCCAAAAAGGAAAAGAAAAAAAAGAAAAAGGAUAAGAAACCAGCAGAGGAGGACGAAUAAACGAGGGAAGUCUUAUCAGGGUUCGGUUUUUGCUACGGUUGCUUCAGACGUUAAUCGCUGCGCCACAAUUGUUGUGGCUUCCUUAAUUCACGAGCCUACUUUAGCAUAUUCAGUGGUCAAUUUUAUCUCACAGUUAACUGUUAAAUUUGCUUGCUAUUACCUUUAGUUCUAUAAUUUGCAAAAUUUUAUUUUUUAUGGUUUUUCUAAAGCUGUAGGCCAAUCGAUGCUAAGGAUGAAUAUUCUGUAGCUGGCCAGUUGUGUUGAAUUAAGGAACGCGUGUCGAUUAUUGCAAAAUCUAACAAUAAAUACAAACAGACAGCGUUUGUUACCUAACUGAAUAUAGGUACAAAAGUAUUUUUUAUGAUGCGAAAUGUUUGUUUUCGUUAGAUAUAAGGAUUAUUGAAAAAUUUAUUCAAUAUUUGAAAAAAUUAA